AGCGAAGACGGGCACGGUGGUGGCGACGCUAAAUGUCCAGCAGUUGCCGUUCCUUCCAAGUGGUUCUUCCAAGCCCGUUCUCCAUCGCGAACAACCGCAGCAGUGUAGCGCAGAAGAAGCCGUAGUCAGAACUCGCUCGGAGAACAAACUCAUUUCGGAGCGGUUUUUCAAAUUCGCGCAAUUAUUUGAAUAUUUGAAUUUUUAAAUAAAAAUAAUUUAAAAUAAAAUUUUAAAAAAUAGUGACAGGUAGUUGUGGAGUGAGCUUUGCAACCUGGACCUAAAAAUAUUUAAAAAAGUACUCACAAAGUUGUUGCAAGCUGAUGUUAAAAGUCGAUCGCUCGCGUUCGCCAGUUGGAAGUUGGCUUCCUAUGAUAAUAUAUCCAGUGGCUAGUGUGUUAACUUAAGCUUUAACUACGGCAGUGUGUGGUGUGUGUUUAGCAAGCAAAAGAGUGAGUGAGUGAGUGAGUAAGUGAGUGAGUGAGCCAAGGUAUCUUGUAGUAUCUCGCAUCAUCAGUAUCUCUCAGUUGGUUUUACUGAGCGUGUCGCGCGCGCGUUCCUCCAACUCGCUCGCUCGCUCAACUCCAACUCGACGUUAACACACAACACUCUAACCCACUCGAGGACGCUUUAUUUAUCUGUACACUACCGGCUCUCGCACCCACACAACCUCUUGGUUCCUUGGUCUCGAGUCGUGGUCAUCGCGAUUGUCGUCGGUUAGUCUUAACGGUUUUUUAUAAAUAUUUUUUCGAGUUUUAUUUCUGUGAUAAUUUCUUGAUAAAACCCGGUAAAUAAUGGCCGAACUAGUGGAAAAUAAAACUACAAGCUUAGUAAGUAAAAAACAAAACGAUAUUGUGUGCGGUGCCAAUUCUAACAUUGCUUUGAUAAAUUUUGACCAAAUAACUUCAAGUAAUCAACUACUACUUAGUGAAAAUAAUAAUGAUAAUGAUAAUGAUAAAGAAAAAGGGAUAAAUGGUUGUAUAAUUGUAAAUAAUGUAGAUGAAAGUAGUAUUAAAAAUAUAAUUGACAAUGAACUCGCAUUGAUGUGCCUAAAAAAUGAACUUGAACAAGAGAAUAAGAAAAUGUUGAUUGAUGACGGCGAGAAACAAGUGACGAAUCACCAUCAUCAAUUGGAGCUUUCUACUCAGCUAUGCCAAGAUUUACUGGGCAUCAACAACACUCAAGUCAUCAUAGCAACAGAUAUUGAACAUUCCAACGACACGAGCCAAAAUAUUCUUUCUACAUGUGAAAAUAAUUCUGGUGAAACAAAUUCUCAACAGAAUAAUAUUAAACUUGUUGAUUUGAGUUAUCAAGAUUGCAAUCUUGUCACUGCUGCUGCGAGUGGUGCUAGAGAUGAUGAUGAUCAUGAUGAUGAUGAUGAUAGGACGAAUUUAGAAGCGAGUGGCCUAAAUACUUUAAUUGAUUUUCAAGAGGAUGCCGGGAAGAAAACUGAUGAGAAAACUCGAAUUUUGGCAGUCGAGACUAAAAAUGCGGAAGAAUCUCUUAUUGAGGACUCACUUAAUAAUUUUAUAAUUAAUUGGGAUGAAAAAAAUAGCGUAAGUGAUAUUUCUAAUAAAUGUAAUGAUUUAGAGGGUAAAUUAUUAGACAGUAGUGAUAAUUUUUUAAAAAUUUCUGAAAGUAACCGGGAUGAGGUUUUAGUAAAUAAUGAAAAUGAGUCUUCAAUUAAUUUUCCAUCGCUAGAAAUGAAUGCUAUCGAUUGGCAAGAUAACGGAGAUUUUAUCUUUAAUAAUAAAUUAUCAGCGAAAGAUAACAAUGAGAUCAAGUGGGAAACAAAAGAUACAGAAUCAUCAGACAAAGAAGUAACUGUAAAUGUAAACAUUGAUAAUAAAAAUUCAGCAGUAACGGAUUCAAUGAGCCCGUCAAAUAUUGAUAGUAAAAUUCUCACGGAAACUUGUUUGUCUACACAAGAUUUUAUUGAGAAUAAAACAAUUAAAAAUAAUAGCACUGAAGAUUUAUUAAUAGAGUGUAGUAGCAACGAGACUGUUAGCCUUUAUCGAGAAAAUAGUAAUGAGGAAUCAUUGACCGGCAGCAGCCGCCAGCAAGAGCAACAAGUAAAAAAUUCUUUACUGCUGACUGAAUUAAAUCAUUUUAAUGCCAUUGAUUCACCAGAUCCCGAGACUCUGGUCAAUGCUCAAGAAACAAAUUCUCAGAUAACCGGCAUAAAUUUAAUUCAAUGCGUGGAACAAUUCACUGAUACCGUUGUUGCUGAUGAUAAUUGGGAGUCAGGCAUUCAAAAUUCAACCGAUUCCGCGGGAAUUAUUCUCGGCGACUCACCGGCUACUGAUACUAACGACUUAACUAUUAACAAUAAUAAUUAUUGUAAUUUAUUUACUGAACUAACAAGUAAUUUAGGCGGUUCUGAGAGUAGCAUGACACUUUCUACCCUAUUAGUUGACCAAUCACCAGUUUGCCGCGACAAUUUCAGCCACGAUUUAACAAAUGCAUGCAAUACUGAGAGUUCAGAGGAGGUGAUAACUACUAGCACAAUAACCUCGACGACGACAAAAAGUUCAGCUAAAAUAAAAAAGAAAAAGAUCGAGGGUGUCAUUGGUAAUAGCGAUGUUACAUCCCAGUCUCCACCUCAGUCAUCAAUCAAUACGUCGCGCACUAAAAAAGUUAAAAAAAGUAAAAAAAAGAGUGACCUCGAAAAGGAAAACAUUUCAGUGAAUAUUAAUACUGGAGACCUGAGCAUGCACAACAAUAAUAGCCAUCAUAAUUACCACAAUUCCGUAUCUUCCGCGGAGGAGUGUAUUUUAGACCAGGAUGAUUUUUCAAACGUUAACGUCAAAACUCUCACACAAUGUUACACAUUGGAAAGUACUAAGUGCAAAGAGCUGACGAAAUUCAAUAAGGAAACAAUCGAGACCGGAGUAUCCAUUAAACAGUUGAAGUCGAGUUUCAACAAGUUUGAUGCCCUUACUAAAAAAUCAGUCCUUCACACCCGCUCCUCCAUUGAUACGGCGGGACAAAAUGGUGGGUGUGAUGCGAACCCGAAUUGCCGCAGCUGUGGCAAGGUUGUGUUUCAAAUGGAGCAGACAAAGGCCGAGGGUUUAAUAUGGCAUAAAAAUUGCUUCCGAUGCAUUCAGUGCAGUAAGCAACUUAAUGUCGACAAUUACGAAAGCCACGAGUGUACGCUCUACUGCAAACCACAUUUUAAGGAGUUAUUUCAACCGAAACCUGUCGACGACUCGAAUCGCUCUCCAUGUCCGCAAAAACCGGAGAUGAUUAUUAGAGAGAAUCAUCCAAAAGAAUUGCCACCUGACGUUGUUAGAGCUUCUGAUAAACCGGAUCUUGGACUAGAAGAACUGUCGUCACUGAACGUAAAAUCACGCUUUCAAGUGUUCGAGAAAUCAUCAACAAACGAACAAAUGAAUGACAUUGAAAAAUCAGCGUCACUAAUUUCGGUUAAAAGAUCACCGAGUAUUUUAAGUAAACUUGCUAAAUUCCAGGCCAAAGGCAUGGACAUUGGAGUAGCAGAUGAAUCAUUGAACGGGAUUCCGUAUGAAGAAUCAAGUGAAAGCGAAGAAGAAGAAGACAAUGAGGAAGACGAAGAAGGUGAUGCAGACAUAGUUAAAUCUAAAAAAUCAAUACGCGAACGUCCGAUAAGUUUUACUAAAAUGGAUGACAUGAAAAAUCGAUGGGAAGUGACGAGUCAACAAGGCAGACGUGAAUCACAGCGUGAAGCACGCAAAGAAGAAAUUGCCGGCAUACGGUCAAGACUCUUUAUGGGCAAGCAGGGAAAAAUGAAGGAAUUGUACCAACAAGCAGUAGCUACUAGCGAACGUGUCACAAAAAUAAAUCCAGCUGAUGAGAUUCAGUGCACUACAGCUCACGCACGUUCAAUAAAAGAAAAAUUUGAACGUGGCGAGCCAAUAACUUGUUCAAAUGAAGAUGAGGCUGAUAGUAACAGCACUAGCAAUAAAAUAAAACAAGAAAAACCAGACGAAGAUGUUAUUGCAGCUGGUAUAAGUAGAAAAUCUCGAAGUUUAUUUUUGGAAUUGGAUGCAUCUGCGGCCAAAAGCGGAAGACCAAUGACACCCGCAGCCGCUGUAGCCAAUUCAAAGUCUCUCACUGAUACAUCAAGACGCGCUAGAGAUGUACGAGCAGAUGACGUCGUACGUAGUACAGAUACAACAGAAGAAAUUCACGUCGAGACAUCAGACAUCUCAAAUAAAUUUAAAUUUUUUGAGACGUAUAAAGAACCAGAGAAAGAAAGAAAGCAGUUCAGAAUAACACCACCUCGCGAUGGACAAGUUAAGGUGAAUUCACCGGAACGUGAAAUUUACCGCGAUCCGGAUGUAAUACGAGCGGAGGACAAAGUAGACCAGCUAGUUCAUACGGAUACGACAAAAAAAAUGCUUUCCAUAUUCAGACAGAUGGAAGAGAAGGCCACGAAAGAAGAUGUACCUGAUGGACCAAAGCCGUUGAAACGUUUUACUCCACCACCGGAAGACAAAUAUGCUAAACUCACAGCCUCUGAUACCGACGAAGAGGAGGACGGCGAGGAAGAGGAGGAUGAUGGGAAUGAUGAUAUCACUGAGGAAGAAAGAAGAAAUCCUAAUUAUGUUAGAGCUUCUGAUAAGAUGGAAGAUGAAUUUUUAAAAAAUGCACAAAAUGCUGCUAAUGCUAAAACACUUCGCGCCAAAUUUGAACAAUGGGAAGUAAACGACAAAAAAAUAAAUAAUCAUAAUACUAUUGUUGAUGAAAUGGAAUUAAUAAAAGCGACAAAUGGCGACGGUGAACAAGCCAGUAUAGAAUCAACCAGAAGUCUUAAAGCGAGAUUUGAGUCUCUCGGUACACCACAAGUUGCCGAGUCUCCACGUGCACCUAAAGUCAAGGUCAACAGAUUCGUGUGAAACCCGGUCAAGACUCAAGACUAAGGAAGAAUCAGCCCGCAUGUCGUCAAUCAAAAAAUAUAAUUGUCUAAGCAAGCAGGUGCUGGCACACGGAUAAACUUUUAUCAAGAAUCUUAUCAAAGCUUCGAACUCAUCAUUUUAUCAUUCGUUAUUAUUGUCGUAUCAAAAAGUGUAUUUUAUAUUAUUAUUAUUAUUAUUAUUAAUUAUCAUUGUUAUAUAAUUGAUGUUUCAAACCUAAAUAUGAUUUUAUUCAAUAUAUUUAAUGAAAUAUAUUUAAGCGUUAAGUUGCAAUAUUAUUAUAUUUUGAGUUAAACUUUUAAACUCAGUGUUAUUAUUAUUUAUUUAAUGUGUCAUUAAUUGUAAUUAUGACCAGGCAUCGAAUUUACGAGCUAAUUAACUGAAUUUAUAAAUAUACAUAUUGAUGAUAAAUACAUGACACGUUUGAUAAGAAAAAAAUAAUAAUAAUAAAAUUAAUAAUUACAGACCUAUUGUCGAAAUGUGUCAUGUAUUUUUUGAAAGAUCUUUUUAAUGUUAUUGAUUUUUAUGUUGAAAGAUCUUGUUAGAUGUUAAUAAUUUUAUAGUUAAUUAUAAUUUAUCAAUGGAUAUUUUAAAGCGCUUCCUUUGUCCUGUUAAGAGACAGCCCGACAGACUUAUAAUUAUAAUUAUAAUAAACUUUAUCAAGUAUGAUAAUUAGUAAUUAUGCGUAAUCAUGGCUUAUGUUUUACCGUAACUGACAUGACUGAAUUUAUACUUAUUGAUAAAAUUCAUUUUUAAAAUGUAGACUCGUACUUAUACAAUUAUAUUUUGUAUCUGUUACAAACAACGAUAUGCUAAUCGAACAUAGAAAGUUUAUACUUAUUCAAUAUAUUAAAUUCAAUAGAAAAACAAAAUAAAAAUAAUAACAAACGUAAGCAAUAUAACUGACAUUUAAUAUGUGAUGCAGUCGUAUCUUAUCUUUGUAUCUAGAUUAACAAGUAAUUAAAUUUUCCUUUAAUAUGUAAGUAAUCAACCUUUUUUUCGCUUGCGCUUUUAUAAUAUAUAUAUUUGUAUUUAAAAUAUGUAAGUACGUCUUUAGACGUAUCGCUAAUUGAAUAUUUUAUAACUAAAGUAUGCGUGUGUGUAUGUGGUUACAAGCUAACACUACAAAUAAUAAGUACUUACUUUUAUUGUUUGUAGUUAAUUAUUUUAAAAGAUAAUUAUUAAUUUGCAGCAGAAACAAAAAUACUGUAAUGGAUUUUCUCAGUGAAAUUUUUUCAGCGGAUUGUUUUGUAUGCUUAUAUUUUAUCAAAUAAGUUUAUAAUAUUUGGAAAAUUACUUUGACUUUUGAUUAUAUGUUAAAUGUAUCAAUUAAAAUUAUUUACUGCACACAUACUUUAUACUUUUAAGCGAAUAAAUUAAAACUUGGUAUAAGUAUUUUUCAACAAUGUAUUUAUAUUAUACACAAUAUCUAAAGUUAUGAUUCUGCGAAUCCUGAUUAUCCUUGAUGAAUAAAACGGUCAAAUGCUCA